AAGCAAUUUUCUUGCAAAACAUGUUUAAAAGACUUCAAAACUAGCAGUGCAUUGAUACGCCAUAUAAGAACCCACACAGGUGAGAAACCAUAUUCUUGCAAAACAUGUGGGAAAGACUUCAGAACCAGCGAUCACUUGCAACACCAUACAAGAACCCACACAGGUGAGAAGCCGUAUUCUUGCAAUACAUGCAGAAAAUCUUUUAGCCAAAGGAGUAACAUGAUAGCCCAUUUGAGAACCCACACAGGUGAGAAGCCGUAUUCUUGUGAAAUAUGUGCUAAAGACUUCAGAACCAGCGAACACUUGCAUGUUCAUAAAAGAUCCCACACAGGUGAGAAGCCGUACCUUUGCAAAAUCUGUGGGAAAAGAUUCCGUGACACUAAAACAUUUAUAAGUCAUACGAGAACCCACACGGGUGAAAAGCCGUAUUCUUGCAAAACAUGUAGAAAAUCUUUUAGCCAAAGGAGUAACAUGAUAGCUCAUGUGAGAACCCACACAGGUGAAAAGCCGUAUUCUUGUGAAACAUGUGGGAAAGACUUCAGAAUCAGCAAUCACUUGCAACUUCAUAUAAGAACCCACACAGGAGAGAAGCCGUAUGCUUGUGAAACAUGUGGGAAAGCCUUCAGAACCAGCAAUCACUUGGAACUCCAUAUAAGAACCCACACAGGUGAGAAGCCAUAUGCUUGUGAAACAUGUGGGAAAGCUUUCAGAACCAGCAAUCAGUUGCAACUCCAUGUAAGAACCCACACAGGUGAGAAACCAUAUUCUUGUGAAAAAUGUGGGAAGGCUUUCAGAGCAAGUCGUCAAUUGAAAACCCACAUAACAAGAGAACACAAAGGUGAGAAGCUGUAGCUUUGCACGAUGAAAAGAUGUGUUGUUGCGUCUGAUUUGACACAGAACAGAAGGCAGCAUACAGACAAGUAAUCUCGUGGGAAAAGAUUCAGUUCUAGAGGUUUGUGGUCAAAACACAGAAGAACUCAUAGAAGUGAAGAGCUGCAUCAGUGAAGCACUUGUGCUAAAAGUUCCGACCCCUGGACUGCCCCUGCAGUUCGUCUACAGAGCCAACAUGUCUGUGGACGAUGCAGUAAACAUGGCCCUUCACUACACCUCCAGCACCUGGACUCCUCAGGAACCUACGCCAGGAUCCUGUUUGUGGAUUUCAGCUCUGCUUUCAUUACCAUCAUCCAAACUGCUGCAGGUCAAGCUCUCCCAGCUUAGCGUGCCUGGCUCUACCUGCAUGGUGGUUCACAGACUUCCUGUCUGACAGGAAGCAGCACGUGAAGCUGGGAAAACAUAUCUCUAUCUUCUGGACUUCUUCCCCCAUCACCCUGUUUGACUGUGGAGUCCUUCUGCUUCCUGGGCACCAUCAUCUCCCAGGAUGGAGAUGAAGCCCAGCAGACGAUGUACUUCCUGCGGCAGCUGAAGAGGUUCAGCUUGAAAAAGACAAUGAUGGUGCACUUCUACACCACCAUCAUUGAGACCAUCCUCACCUCCAUCACCAUCUGCCACUGCCACGGUGACACCUACUGGUCAUUUUUGAUAUCGACACAUCUUGGGAGGGGUUUCAUUGAAACAAUGACUGACCCGCGUUUACAAUUCUAAUCGUCUUAUCAAUACAUGACCAACAGGAUUUGGGAGAAAUCAACAUACAAACAAACGCUUUCAGAUUGUCAGAGACAGCAGAUGGGGAUCGCAAUAAAAGUGUGUUUAAAUAAAA